UUCCCAAUUGUGAUGACUCAGCACUAAACAGAACAUUUAUAUGGAGGGCACAAGAAACAACUUCGACAAGCCACCAACUAGCCCCAGGCAGGCCUGGAGUGGGCAGCAAGAUGGUUCUGAAGGUAACCUGUCUCGAACAGCAAGUGAUCAGUCAUGGGUGCACAGUUCUGGCGAUGACUUCACUGGAGUUGAAAGUAGCUUUGAGAUUCUGAACGAAUUUACAAGCAUUAGCAAAUCCUCAAUGUCAGCAACUAGACCAAGCACACCCCCACACAGUAUUGAGCUGAGCUCACCUGCAGUAGAGGACAGUUACAAGCUUCCUUCGUCCCAACCUACCACCCCUGGCCCUGUCCCUGCUCCACGGAAGAGGACUUCCUCUCAAGUCUCACCAAGACCCUCGCGAUUCGAGAUUGAAAAUAGGAAGCUUGUACAAGAGGUAGAAGAACUUCAAAGAAAGAAGAAUGAAGUUGAUAGUGCCUUGGCCAGGGUGACACAAAGUGAAAGAAACCUGAAAAAACUGAAUACAAAAAUGGUAACUGAAAACAUACAGUUUCAGCGAGACAAAGCUGAUACCACCCAGAGGAUGCAAGCCUUAGAACAAGAACUUGCGUGCCUCAAGCUGUCUCAACUUCACGUCCAAUCUCCCGUGCUCACCGAUGUGAGUGAGCUAGCCGAAGUUAGGGAGGAGCUUGAGCAGAAAACAGCGGAAGUGAGUUUUUUGCUGUCUCAGAACAGAGAACUAGACAGAAAGUGUCGGGCAAUGUCAAUGGAAUCGUUGAAUGCAUCCAUCAGUGGAAUGUCGACGCGGACUGGAACAAAGACAAGCAAAAGGAUCGAAGUUAGAUUGGAAGAAGCAAUUAGAGAACUCCGUGAGAAGGAGAAGGAGAUAGGCAAUCUUAAAGAGCAGCUGGACAAACAAAAUACCUCGGUCAUUUGUGAAUUGGAGAAAAAGUUAAAGAAAAUAACAAAGGAAAAAGAAGCUCUCCAGCAGAAACACUUCACAGAAGCUGUCCAGCAAAAGCAGCAGCUGGAAGCUCAAGUGCGGCAACUUUCUGGUGAUCUUGUUUUGGCCCAGUCUGAACUGAGAGACCUCCAGACUCACUACUCCCAGGAGCUCUCUGAACUCACAACAAGCAAAGAAAUAGAGUGUGAGGAGCUGCAGGAACAACUCUCCGCCUUAAAGUUGGAGUAUGAGGUGUAUAAGCAAAGUCACACAACAUCUCAAGAAGAGACAAGCCGUACCACAGGUCAACUAACUGCUGUCAACGCUACCUUGAGGCAGCAGCUUGAAACUAUGACAUCAGAGAGAGACGUACUUCAUCAGAAAUAUUCCACCCUCUCUGAAGACAACAAAAAAGCGUUUGAUCAAUGCAAUCAGCUUGACAGGGAAGUGAGACGACUCAAAGGUGAACGUCAAAGAGAUACUGUCACUAUGGGGAAAAUGCUUGACGAAAUACAGAAAGAGGCGGGGGACACUCUCGGGAACUACAACACUACGGUGGAUGAGCUGAAAAAAGUUGAGCAUGAGAGGGAUGAGUUCAGAAUGAAACACGAGCACUCGUUGAACGUGCUGGCCGCUCGUAACCAAGAUUUUAUGGCUGCCGAAGCUGCCCUACGUGAUUGUGAGACGAAAUGGAGUAGGAAGAUGGAGGUUGAACUGAAGAAGGAGAGGGAAGAGUCGGAACAAGCACAGCUGGUCGUUGACCUGCAGAUGAGCACUUACCGAGACGACUUCAAUGAGGAGAGAAAGGCUAGAGAGAAAAUGGCAAGUGAAAAGUUUCAACUGGAGCUUUCCCUUAAAACAAAGAAUGAGGAGAUACAUUUACUCAAACAGAAGUUGAAUGAUCAGGCAGCCAGGGUCAUGCAGGAUGAUUUUGAACAGUCGCACUAUCUCGACGAAGGCCCCCCACUGAGAGCUCAAGACCCUGGUCACACCCCUUACCAACAAGUCCACUAUCCUAACCCCGGACAAAAUUACUGAAUUAACGCACUAGCUAGCUAGCUGCUGUUUGUGUCUUACAUUUGUAGUUUUUUGUACAGAAAGUUUUUUAAUGUUUCUAAAUUAAAAUUAAAGUUCACAAA